AUGAAAACCUGUGCAGCCUGCAAUGUUCAGUUUCAUGAUGGCGUUCAAUGCGGUAGUUGCAAGAAACACUUGGACUUUGGGUGUGCGAACAUUUCGGAAUCUGGGUGGAGGAAAUUGGGUUCUGCUAGAAUGGCCCAAUGGAAAUGUCCCAUGUGCAGAAGCUCAUCGCCAGCUGUAUCCACCCCUGAACCUACAUCUCUGGAUACCAUACUCGGUGAGAUACGUGAUAUGAAACGUCAGUUGCUUAACUUACCAGCACUCGUAGAGGACAUCCGAGCCAUAAGGGAUGAGUUGGCGGGACUCAAAAUAUCCUGUGAACGCGCUGGUGGGAGACUGGAUGAAUUUGAAUCAAGACUCACGGAAGUGGAAGAAAAGGUUUCAAAAGUCGAUAAUCUUCAUGAAACAGUAAACCGUUUGCAAACGGAUUUGUCGAGCACCAAGUUUCUACAGUCAAGCAACGAACAACGUUCCAGAUUGAACAACGUUGAGAUUAAGGGGGUUCCAGUAAAGAAGGAUGAAAAUCUAUUUUCUAUCUUUGAAGCAAUAGGAAAAAGGAUCAACUACAACUGUCCAAAAUCCCAGGUGAAUUACAUCUCAAGAGUUCCGAUAUUUAAUUCAAACGAAAAGUUAAUUAUUGUAAGCUUUUUAAAUCGAUACGUGAAAGAGGAUUUUGUUGCGGCGGCGCGUGCCAAUAAGGAUCUAUCAACUUCAGAUAUUGGCUUUCAAGGUUCAUCUCAGCGUGUGUAUGUCAAUGAUCACCUUAGUAUUGAAUACAAGAAACUCCUAAGUAAGGUUAAAUUAACUGCCAAGGAUAAGCAGUAUGAGUAUGUAUGGGUGAAGCAUAGUAAAAUACACGUACUUAAAAAUAAAUACUCUAAAGUAAUUAUUAUAAGGAAGGACUCGGAUUUAAACAAACUUAUCUAA